UAUUCCGGGAGCGGCGAGCGGAGUAGAAACUUUGCGACCCGAGCGCGCACGCUCCGCGUUCUUCCCCGCCCGGGCGGCCCGCGACGGUGGCGCAGGAGGUGGGACCGGCUGGCGGGAAGGCUCGAGGCGCCGGCGCACGCGGAGUGGGGACCUCGGAGGCGGACACCGCUCGCAAGAGCCGCAGAGGGCCAGCCGAUCUAGAAGGUCCCGGCCAGGAGAAUCCCCCGCCAGAGCAGCCCCGGCCUGGGGUCUGAGGUUGCAACCUUGCGCUCGCAGUUGCGGUGGUCGCGGAGAAGCCGCUGUAUCAGCGAGCGGCGUGCGGGGAACCGCAGCUGGACGGUGGUGGCUGCGGGGAGCAGCCGUACCGGACACAGCUGUCCCGUGCGCAGGGACCCAGGGCCGCGCUCCCUUCUCUGAGCCGCUGCGCGAUGGCCGGCUGACUGCGGCCAUGCAGGCUUGAUCGGACGCCCGGGACGCACAGGGGACAACCGCGGGCGCAGGCUUCAGGACUCCGCCGUCGACUCCCCAGCCCAAGGGCGGCGAAGCAGCUUACCAUGGAGCCCGUGACCAAGUGGAGCCCCAAACAAGUGGUGGACUGGACUAGAGGGUUGGAUGACUGCCUGCAGCCGUACGUCCACAAAUUUGAGCGGGAAAAGAUAGACGGGGAGCAGCUGCUGAAGAUCUCCCACCAGGAUCUGGAGGAACUGGGGGUCACACGGAUCGGACACCAAGAGCUGGUGUUGGAGGCGGUGGACCUUCUUUGUGCACUGAAUUACGGCCUCGAAACUGAUAAUAUGAAGAACUUGGUUCUGAAGCUGCGGGCCUCUUCCCACAAUUUGCAGAAUUACAUAAGUAGCCGGCGGAAGAGUCCAGCCUACGAUGGGAACACAUCCCGCAAGCCCCCCAAUGAGUUCCUGACCUCUGUGGUUGAGCUCAUCGGCGCUGCCAAAGCCCUGCUGGCUUGGCUGGAUCGGGCUCCAUUCACAGGGAUCACGGAUCUCUCCGUGACCAAGAACAAAAUCAUCCAACUGUGCCUGGACCUGACCACGGCAGUCCAGAAGGAUUGCCUUGUAGCAGAAAUGGAGGAUAAAGUUUUAAAUGUGGUCAAGGUUUUAAAUGGCAUCUGUGACAAAACAAUGCGCUCUACUACGGAUCCUGUUAUGAGCCAGUGUGCGUGCCUGGAGGAAGUUCACUUACCGAAUGUUAGACCCGGGGAAGGCCUGGGCAUGUACAUCAAGUCAACCUACGAUGGACUGCAUGUGAUUACCGGAACCACAGAAAACUCUCCUGCAGACAGAUCUCAGAAGAUUCAUGCUGGCGACGAGGUCAUUCAAGUCAAUCGGCAGACAGUGGUUGGGUGGCAAUUGAAAAAUCUGGUGAAGAAGUUGAGAGAGAAUCCCACGGGCGUGGUGCUGCUGCUGAAGAAGAGGCCCACAGGCUCGUUCAGCUUCACUCCGGCCCCACUGAAGAACCUGCGCUGGAAGCCACCCCUCGUGCAGACCUCACCCCCGCCCACCACAACCCAGUCCCCAGAGAGCACCAUGGAUGCCUCCCUGAAGAAAGAGAAGCCAGCCAUCCUGGACCUAUACAUUCCUCCCCCUCCUGCUGUUCCCUAUUCUCCCCGGGAUGAGAACGUGAGUUUCGGCUACGGAGGACACAGUAAGAGUAAACAGCCAUUGCCUGGGCGCAAGGGUUCUGAGUCCCCGAACUCCUUCCUGGACCAGGAGAGCCAAAGACGCAGAUUCACCAUCACAGAUUCUGAUCAGCUGCCCGGGUAUUCGGUGGGAACCAAUAUUCUGCCUGCAAAGAUGAGAGGGAAGACACCGUCCUAUGGCAAGCCCCGGCCUCUGUCCAUGCCUGCAGAUGGGAACUGGAUGGGGAUCGUGGACCCUUUUGCUAAACCUCGAGGUCACGGGAGGAAAGGGGAAGAAGCCCUCUGCCGGUACUUCAGCAAUGAGCGGAUUACACCCAUCAUUGAAGAAAGUGCCUCUCCUGUGUACCGGUUCUCUAGACCCCUAACUGAGCGGCACCUGGUGCGAGGUACGGACUACAUCCGAGGGAGCAGAUGCUAUAUCAACUCCGAUCUCCACAGCAGCGCCACCAUUCCGUUCCAGGAGGAAGGUUCCAAGAAGAAAUCAGCCUCCUCGGCCAAGGCGUCUUCUGGGGAGCCGUCGCUGUUGGUCAGCUGGCUGACUCGUCUCAAGCUGUUGACUCACUGAGGUUGCUGCUCCGCCAGCUUCCUGCCUGUCUCCUGCUAGCAAGUGCCUUCUUCCUCGGUGGACAGCUUCUUCAGACUACACCCACAGUGCUCCAGGGCGACCUUACUUCAUUUCAUUUUUUUCUUUUUUUUUUUUUUUAAUUAAGAUUGUAUACUGCCAUUCCUGGAGUUUUGAAGUCACCAGAGGGCAUCAAAUUCGGUGGAUCUUAGGUGUUGUUUGUGGAGGCAGAAGGAAGGACGGACAUAGCACAGCCUGCUUAGUUUUGCCUUCCCACUGUGGGAACAUGGAGACAUAUUCUUUAAAGUUUGGUGUUGGCCAGACAACUUAAUGUCAGGAAUUGGGCAGAAUUGUUCACUUUUGUUUUCUUGGGUCAGCGGGGACUAAAAUUGAUGGGUUUUGUCACAUAGAUGUUGGUUUGUGGUCCAACUUCCGUAUCUGAAAAAGCAGAAGGGGAAAAACUUCAGUUUUGAUUUUUAAAGCUAUAGACCAUAUUUAUAAGUGUGGCAGCAUCCACUGCAGAAUGACGUGGUAAGUGUGUGAGGCUCUUUGGAGCAAGGCUUUACCUACGGAUCAGCUGUUACAUGUGUUCAGCCCCCCUUCCUUUCAGUAACAGCCUCCAUGUAGGUGAGCCAGUACACAAGCUCACUAGCAGGCUUUGAGGGAACUUAACAUAUACAAAGAAGUGUGUGCCUUUUGUGAGAGGUGUUGCCGUUAUGUGUAUUGGUCAGUGAGGGAAAGAAGCUAUAGGAUUUGCUAGCAGCCAAAGUGUAUGGUUCAGAAAGCUGAAGCAACCAGAUUUAGAGUUAUGGGGCAUCGGUCAGUUCGCAGUAUUGGUCUGUUUGAUGUCUGUGUUCUAGGAAAAAAAAAAAAAAGCCUACAGUCCUUCCCAGGUGUACACGUUUUUUGCUAAUUAGGAAUCUCUUGGAAAGCCUCAUGGUCACUGAUUUUCAACUAGGAUCAGGUGUUUUGAAAAUGUGUGUCUGGAUAUUAACUCUUGUUUAAAACCAAAUGUACAAUAUUUUGCUAGAAUGGAAAAACCCUAUCUUGUUAAUUUAAGUGUUUUAAAUAGAGUUGUAUAUUUUUCUUACUCUUAGUCACAUGUAAUGGAAACAUUUGUGUUUUGCGUCAUAUGUGAAAGGAAAAAGAGCAUUCAACGUGUUUUCAGAUUUACCAGUGAUCCACGCUGGCCGUUGGCAGCGUGGGCGCUCAUAUUAAAGACCGGAAUAAAUCCUCCCAAGCG